AUGAGCAUCGCCUUACUUGUUGCCCUGUUCUUGCUCAAGUCAGAUCGCAUUCAGAAAGCCAUUGAGAUAUGCAGCGAAUGUUUGAUUUUGCUAACUUGCACCGAUCAAAACAGCAAACACCAAUUUGAUUCAGCACUGCUACAAUUUUACAGCGACAUCUAUACCAUUCUUUUCAGCGCUUAUCGUCAUAUCUCUGACUACAUAAGUGCGGAAAGAUACGGGAAGAAACUGUUUGACUUAUACAGAGGGUAUGGAAUUAUGCUUUAUAAACUUGGCGAAAGCCUAAAAGCAAAGGAAUAUUUUGAGAGGGCCCUUGCAAUAACAACCAAAAUUGGCGGCAGAGAAGGGGAAGCAUCAUGUUAUGGAAACCUAGGUACUGUGUUUCUGUCCGUUGGCCAAUACGACAAAGCUGAAGAAUAUCUCCAAAAAGCGCUUCUCAUCACAACUGAAAUUGGCGACAGAGGAGGGGAAGCAUCAUGUUAUGGAAACCUAGGUACUGUGUUUCUGUCCGUUGGCCAAUACGACAAGGCUGAAGAGUAUCUCCAAAAAGCGCUUGUCAUCAAAACUGAAAUUGGCGACAGAAAGGGGAGGCAACUAGCUAUGGAAACCUAGGUACUGUGUUUGAGUCCGUUGGCCAAUACGACAAGGCUGAAGAGUAUCUCCAAAAGCGCUUGUCAUCCAAACUGAAAUUGGCGACAGAAAAGACAGGGAGGCUACUAACUAUGGAAACCUAGGUACUGUGUUUGAGUGUUUGGCCAAUACGACAAGGCUUUGGCCAAUACGACAAGGCUGAAGAGUAUGGAAAUCCAAAAAGCGCUUGGCCAAUCAUCAAACUGAAAUUGGCGACAGAAAAGGGGAGGCAACAUCAUGUUAUGGAAACCUAGGUACUAUGUUUGAGUCGCUUGGCCAAUACGACAAGGCUGAAGAGUAUCUCCAAAAAGCGCUUGUCAUCAAAACUGAAAUUGGCGACAGAGGAGGGGAAGCAUCAUGUUAUGGAAACCUAGGUACUGUGUUUGAGUCACUUGGCCAAUACGACAAGGCUGAAGAGUAUCUCCAAAAAGCGCUUGUCAUCAAAACUGAAAUUGGCGACAGAAAAGGGGAGGCUACUAACUAUGGAAACCUAGGUACUGUGUUUAAGUCGCUUGGCCAAUACGACAAGGCUGAAGAGUAUCUCCAAAAAGCGCUUGUCAUCACAACUGAAAUUGGCGACAGAGGAGGGGAAGCAUCAUGUUAUGGAAACCUAGGUACUGUGUUUGAGUCGCUUGGCCAAUACGACAAGGCUGAAGAGUAUCUCCAAAAAGCGCUUGUCAUCAAAACUGAAAUUGGCGACAAAAGGGAGGCAACUAACUAUGGAAACCUAGGUACUGUGUUUCUGUCCGUUGGCCAAUACGACAAGGCUGAAGAGUAUCUCCAAAAAGCGCUUGUCAUCCAAACUGAAAUUGGCGACAGAAAAGGGGAGGCAACUAGCUAUGGAAACCUAGGUACUGUGUUUAUGUCGCUUGGCCAAUACGACAAGGCUGAAGAGUAUCUCCAAAAAGCGCUUGUCAUCCAAACUGAAAUUGGCGACAGAAAAGGGGAGGCUACUAACUAUGGAAAUCUAGGUACUGUGUUUCUGUCCGUUGGCCAAUACGACAAGGCUGAAGAGUAUCUCCAAAAAGCGCUUGGCAUCAAAACUGAAAUUGGCGACAGAAAAGGGGAGGCAACUAGCUAUGGAAACCUAGGUACUGUGUUUCAGUCGCUUGGCCAAUACGACAAGGCUGAAGAGUAUCUCCAAAAAGCGCUUGUCAUCCAAACUGAAAUUGGCGACAGAGGAGGGGAAGCAUCAUGUUAUGGAAACCUAGGUACUGUGUUUGAGUCGCUUGGCCAAUACGACAAGGCUGAAGAGUAUCUCCAAAAAGCGCUUGUCAUCCAAACUGAAAUUGGCGACAGAAAAGGGGAGGCUACUAGCUAUGGAAACCUAGGUACUGUGUUUGAGUCGCUUGGCCAAUACGACAAGGCUGAAGAGUAUCUCCAAAAAGCGCUUGUCAUCCAAACUGAAAUUGGCGACAGAAAAGGGAGGCAACUAGCUAUGGAAACCUAGGUACUGUGUUUGAGUCGUUUGGCCAAUACGACAAGGCUGAAGAGUAUCUCCAAAAGCGCUUGUCAUCCAAACUGAAAUUGGCGACAGAGAAGGGGAGGCAACUAACUAUGGAAACCUAGGUACUGUUGUGUUUGAGUCGCUUGGCCAAUACGACAAGGCUGAAGAGUAUCUCCAAAAAGCGCUUGUCAUCCAAACUGAAAUUGGCGACAAAAAAGGGGAGGCAACUAACUAUGGAAACCUAGGUACUGUGUUUCUGUCCGUUGGCAAAUACGACAAGGCUGAAGAGUAUCUCCAAAAAGCGCUUGUCAUCCAAACUGAAAUUGGCGACAGCAAAGGGGAGGCAUCUAGCUAUGGAAACCUAGGUACUGUAUUUAAGUCGCUUAACCAAUACGACAAGGCUGAAGAGUAUCUCCAAAAAGCGCUUCUCAUCCAAACUGAAAUUGGCGACAAAAAAAGGGAGGCUACUAGCUAUGGAAACCUAGGUACUGUGUUUGAGUCGCUUGGCCAAUACGACAAGGCUGAAGAGUAUCUCCAAAAAGCGCUUGUCAUCCAAACUGAAAUUGGCAACAGAAAGGGAGGCAACUAGCUAUGGAAACCUAGGUACUGUGUUUGAGUCGCUUGGCCAAUACGACAAGGCUGAAGAGUAUCUCAAAAAGCGCUUGUCAUCCAAACUGAAAUUGGCGACAGAAAGGGGAGGCAACUAGCUAUGGAAACCUAGGUACUGUGUUUGAGUCGCUUUGGCCAAUACGACAAGGCUGAAGAGUAUCUCCAAAAAGCGCUUGUCAUCAUCCAAAAAUUGGCGACAGAGAAGGGGGAGGCAACUAGCUAUGGAAACAGAGAAUGGAAACCUAGGUACUGUGUUUGAGUCGUUUAGGGCCAAUACGACAAGGCUGAAGAGUAUCUCCAAAAAGCGCUUGUCUGAAAUCCAAACUGAAAUUGGCGACACAAGAAGAGGUCAUCCAAACUGAAAUUGGCGACAAGAAGGGAGGCAACUAGCUAUGGAAACCUAGGUACUGUGUUUCAGUCGCUUGGCCAAUACGACAAGGCUGAAGAGUAUCUCCAAAAAGCGCUUGUCAUCCAAACUGAAAUUGGCGACAGAGAAGGGGAGGCAACUAGCUAUGGAAACCUAGGUACUGUGUUUAAGUCGCUUGGCCAAUACGACAAGGCUGAAGAGUAUCUCCAAAAAGCGCUUGUCAUCCAAACUGAAAUUGGCGACAGAGAAGGGGAGGCAACUAGCUAUGGAAACCUAGGUACUGUGUUUCUGUCCGUUGGCCAAUACGACAAGGCUGAAGAGUAUCUCCAAAAAGCGCUUGUCAUCACAACUGAAAUUGGCGACAGACAAAAGGAAGCAUCAUGUUAUGGAAACCUAGGUACUGUGUUUAGAACUGGUGGUGAUUUUGAAGCUUCGGAAGUAUGCUUGGAGAAAGCUUUAUUCAUAUCCAGAGAUAUUGGAGAUGGAAGAAAAGAGUUCGAAAUCCCUCUAGGUUACGCCGUUUUGUAUUUAUACCAAUAUAAAAUCAAAGACUCCCUGUCGUGUCUUUAUCUGUGCAUUGAAAAGUAUGAGGAGCUGAGAUAUUUCUUGGGCGCCAAUGAUCAGUUCAAAACAUCAUUUCUGGAGGACACAGGAAUAUUUCCCUACAAACUGCUUUGUACUUUGCUUUGUGACACCGGAAAUGCUCAGGAUGCUCUUUAUGUUGAGGAGUUGGGUCGAGCUAGAGGCCUAUCAGACUUGAUGGCAGAGAAGUACUCGGUUGAAACGCACAUCUCUGCUAAUCCACAAUCUUGGUUUGGCAUUGAGAACAUUUUAAGAAAGAAAAAUAACUGUACUUGUCUGUACAUUUCUUAUGUUCAGAAUCGUCUGCAUUUGUGGAUCUUGAAAACAAGUGGAGUCCUUCACUAUAGAAGAGUAUCACGAGAAGAGAAUCUAGUUCAGGCUGGGUUACCCAAAGAUUUGUCUUUGAGUCAAUUUUUGGAUCUUAAUUUCCGGAGUCUUGGUAUUUUGCCCACUAAAGAUUGUGAAGAUCGGUCUUUAAAUACGAUUAAAUUGCAACCUCUCUCCCCCGCGCAAAAGAGCUCAGCAAGAUUGCGACUCGUGGAGGAGGACGAGGACGAGGACGAGGACGAGAAAGUGAUUUCAAGUCUAUAUUUGUGUUACAAAAUGUUCAUUGCCCCCGUUUAUGAUUUGCUUGAUGAGCCUGAAGUCAUUAUUGUUCCUGACCGCAGGUUGUACAAAGUUCCCUUUGCUGCCCUGAGUGAAAGGGAAGGAGCCGAAUACUUGUCAGAGACUCAUAAGAUCCGUAUCAUUCCUUCGUUGACAACACUCAAGAACAUUCAAGAAAGUCCAGAGGACUAUCACAGCAACACUGGUGCCUUGGUAAUAGGCAAUCCCAAGGUUAAUUGGCUGCAACCAUUGCCAGCUGCAAGAAGGGAAGCGGAGAUGGUCGGACGACUGGUGGGUGUUCCGCCUCUAGUUGAAAAGAAAGCAACGAAGCAGGCGGUACUUGAGCGGAUAAGUUCAGUGAGCUUGAUACAUUUUGCUGCCCAUGGUAACGCGGAAAGAGGAGAAAUUGCACUCUCCCCCAUUCCUACUCCCAACAGUCAAAACGCUAUCCCACCGAAGGAAGCUUACAUGUUGACGAUGGCUGAUGUGUCACGAGUGAAAGUCAGAGCUAAACUGGUGGUACUUAGCUGCUGUCACAGUGGAAGUGGAGAGAUAAGAGCCGAAGGAGUUAUAGGAAUUGCCCGUGCGUUCUUAGGAUCUGGUGCUCGCUCGGUAUUGGUUGCGCUGUGGGCCAUUCCAGACUCAGCAACAGAGAAGCUGAUGAGUCGGUUCUACGAACACCUCAUUGAAGGAGAAAGUGCCAGUGAAUCCCUUCAUCAGGCCAUGAAGUGGAUGAGAAAAACGGCUUGA